AUGGAGAGAAGAAAGCGGCAAGAGAUUUCCACAAUUUGCGGUAUGGUGCCAAUUGUACCCGUUGUGAAAGAGACUCAUCCGCUCCUGGGAGAUGAACACGGGCUCCCAGAUUACAAGCUGCAAAACACUUCGGCAACAUUCGAAACAGAGGAAAGAGCGGCACAGAGACCUGGUAAAGGCAGACCAUCGCAGGACCGACGCACUUGGCAAAAGCCAGAGCUGACGAUCUGCAGUGCACCAGACACAGCUGAUGGGCGCAUUGUAUCUGACUACGGAAACAUGGCGCUCGACAUGGAAGCGGAUCGUAUGGUGCACAUGCGGGACUGCCCUUAUGUCCUUGGUCUGGCCUGGGUUCAGGGGAUGAUAAAGAAUGACUGA